CAGAAAAACAAGUUGCCAUCUUCAGUAUAUAUCAAAUACAACAAGCACACAUAGUUAAGUAGUAUCCUCUCUUUACAUUUCACAGGCGACAACGGAGAAAGCGGAGGAAAAAUAAUAGAAUCAGCUCUCCUGGAUUCUCGCCGAUUUUUUCGCCGUCCGAAACCCUAGAGCAUCUUUUUGCUGGAAGAAUGCUGAUGUCUUAAAUGCUUUUUCAGGUAAGUGGGGUUAUUCUAUAUUGCCGUAUAAGAAGUUGGAAACUUAUACUCUGCGAGCUGUCUUCAAAUGAUUCAUUCUUCAAAAGUGAGCGGCAGUCCUGUUACUAAACUUGCAGAGUAAGGAUUAAAGAGGGUUUUAAAGUUGAAAUAGAAGAGAAACCAUGUCACAGGCUUCAGAUAGAAGGUUUCCUCUUAAUGCACAAGACUAUAGGCUCUUCGAAGAGGUUGGUGAAGGUGUUAGCGCCACUGUGUACAGGGCCCUCUGUGUUCCGUUAAAUGAGACAGUGGCGAUCAAGGUUCUUGAUUUAGAGAAGUGUAACAAUGACCUGGAUGGCAUUCGUAGAGAGGUGCAGACGAUGAGCUUGAUUAAUCACCCUAAUUUAUUAAGAGCACAUUGCUCUUUCACUUCAGGUCAUAAUCUUUGGGUUGUGAUGCCAUACAUGGCUGGGGGUUCAUGCCUUCAUAUUAUGAAGUCUGCUUUUCCGGAAGGCUUGGAAGAACCUGUCAUUGCUACAUUGUUGCGAGAGGUCCUAAAAGCUCUUGUCUAUCUUCAUGCUCACGGGCACAUUCACAGAGAUGUGAAGGCUGGCAAUAUCUUAGUUGAUUCAAAUGGCGCAGUUAAGUUAGCUGAUUUUGGGGUUUCUGCUGGCAUGUUUGAUACUGGGGAUAGACAACGUUCAAGAAACACCUUUGUUGGAACACCUUGCUGGAUGGCCCCUGAAGUUAUGCAGCAAUUGCAUGGAUAUGACUUCAAAGCAGACAUCUGGUCAUUUGGCAUAACAGCACUUGAACUUGCUCAUGGUCACGCACCAUUCUCCAAGUACCCACCAAUGAAGGUUUUGCUGAUGACCCUGCAAAAUGCACCACCAGGUCUCGACUACGAAAGAGAUAGGAGAUUUUCUAAGUCUUUUAAAGAAUUGGUAGCUGCUUGCUUGGUAAAGGACCCAAAGAAGCGUCCCUCUUCAGAGAAGCUUCUAAAACAUCAUUUCUUCAAACAUGCACGUUCAGUUGAUUAUUUGUCGCGCACUAUUCUAGAAGGCCUUUCUCCUCUAGGUGACCGAUUUAGGACAAUUAAGGCAAAAGAAGCGGAAUUUCUUGUGCAAAACAAGGCUUUAUUGGGGGAUAAGGAGCAACUAUCACAGCAAGAAUACAUUCGAGGAAUCAGUGCUUGGAAUUUCAACUUGGAGGAUUUGAAGAACCAGGCUGCCCUGAUCCAGGACUAUGAUGCCAUAUCGAACAUAGAGGAAUCCAGUGCAAGUGGAAAACAAAAGGAUGGGUAUGAUGAAGUUGGUUUUGCUGUGGAUAAUCCACCUCCCGGAACAGUUAAUCAGCCAGAUGUUGCACCACAUUACCAGGAUGGGCUCAAUGAUAUCCAUACUAUGGAAAAUUCACUUGCUGCAUUUCCAAUGAAACCUUUACAGGCCCUCAAAGGUUGUUUUGAUGUAUGUAAUGAUGAAGAGGCAAUCGGUAGUCCUAGUACAAAAGAGUUUCGAACAGAUACUGAGCAACCGAUGAAAAUGCAGUCGCCACCAAGAGAUGAAGGCAAAGAAGCUGGACAAAGUGAUAUUGAGAAUGCUGGAGAGAGUACUUCUCAACCACGACAUACUAGUUCUCUGCAAAGAAAGUAUUUGAGUGGUUCUUUUGUACAAGAUCAUGCUGCUUCUCCUAAAAAGGUCAUAAAUGAUGCUGAAAGGGAUCCUCCACAGACUAAACUCCAACCUGAGCGUAACUUUAGUGGGCCAUUACAAUAUCGCUUGAAGAAAGAUAUAUUUAGUUCUGCUUCCGUGGAGGAUGCACCAGAAGGCGCUGUUGUCCAACGUAAGGGGCGUUUUAAAGUCACUUCAGCAGAUCCCAGUCCCAAGAUUCAGGCUCCUUUAAAUGGCCCAUCUAACUCUGGUCUGGGAGGUUCAGCAAGUCCAGCAGGUCCAAGCCUUGCAGCUGCCUCAGUUCUUCCUUCUUUACAAUGUAUCUUACAGCAGAACACAAUGCAGAAGGAUGAGAUAGUGAAAUUGAUUAAAUGUGUGGAGCAGCUCUCUGUCAAUACCACAGAAUCUAGUGAAGGAGGAAGUAAUGAUCCAUCACAGAUACCUCCUACUUCUUAUAGGGAGAGAGAGCUGCAAAGUCAAUUAACUCAAUUGCAACAAAGUGUUGGAAGUCUGGUAGAAGAACUACAGAGACAGAAGCUGAAAAAUGUUCAGUUGGAGAAGAAACUAAUUUCCUUGGCUAAAAAAGAGGAGGAUAUACAAGAAUGAAACAGCGGCAAUGAAGUUGCAGCUAGCGUUACAAUUGCUCCUGGGAGAGUUGCUUUGUACUAGUGUACCAUUGUGUUGUGCAGUUGCAACAGUGAAAGGGAAGCAGGCGCCCCAAAUUUUGAGAUGCUAUGCUAUGAGUCUUACAGUAUAUAUGGUGGUGGUGUAAUUUAGAGUGGAUGUUGUAAAUUAUCCUUGCAAUAAGUAUAGUAUUCUCAGUUUUUUUUUUGGAUUAUCUUUACAAUAAAUAAAGUAUUCUCAGUUUUAUGGGUA